GCCCUUCUUUGUCUGAAUGUGUCAUCACUUAUGAUACGUAACAUCCUAACGUCAUGUAACUGAGUUAUGUAUUAGCCAAGAUAUUCGCCAACACGUGUACUACCACUGUUAGCUAGCUAACUUUCGAGUGUCGAGUUAACCUCGUUACAGAACUUGGGUCCGUAUAACCAGUUAGACAACCGGUGAACUUUAAAGUUAUGUUAACAUUGUCAAAGAAAUUAAAUUCUGACGGAAAGAUCUGCAGAUGUGACUCAGUCAUUUCUGCCACUUUUCCGCACCCAUUAGCUAAUUCACUGCCUUAGCUUGGUGGCUGGACCUAACGUUGUUACAUUGAUGUAGUUAACGUUAAACAAGUCCUGUUUUCAUCUGGAGCUUAACGAUUUGAUCUGGGAACAACAUUGCACCACAGAUCGAAUACAAUCUCUGCAUAACAUCACUGGGUCAAAGAUAAUUGUUCAUUUGAUGCGGAAGUCCUUAAAAACGCAGUGUGUGACGGUAUGGAUUCGUUGAGUGGCCCGUUGGCCAUGGGUAUGUUAGCAGGUGUUGGCUGUGGACUCUUACUCGGAUGGUAUCUCAAAGGCCGGUUUGGAAAACCCAUCGGGGGCAGAGGCGUACGGACAGACGGUGCUGGAGAUGAAAGCGAAACGUCCUCCAUGGGAACCAGUGAGGAGCUUAAGUUGAUAUUGGUGGUGCGAAAGGACCUUAGCAUGGGUAAAGGAAAAGUAGCUGCUCAGUGUUCUCAUGCGGCAGUGAGCGCCUAUAAGCAACUUCAGCGAAGAGAUCCUGAUCUUCUCAAACAGUGGGAGUAUUACGGACAGCCAAAAGUAGUGGUCAAGACUGAGGACGAGGAGAGCCUGUUGGAACUUUGGCGAAAGGCUAAAGACCUCGGACUUCUUGUCAGUUUGAUUCAGGAUGCAGGCAGAACCCAGAUAGCACCGGGUUCUCGAACAGUUCUUGGAGUGGGCCCCGGGCCUGGUGAUAUAAUAGACAAAGUAACAGGGCAUUUGAAACUGUAUUGAAUAUGUGCAACACUUACAUUUGUUGUCUAUGAAUUAAAACAAGUGCUUCCUGGGGUUAUUAAAGGUUUUCACACGACACAAA